CGGCGCCGCCCUGCAGUGGGGAGUGUGCUGCACUACUCUCCUCCUGCUCCUCUUGUACACAUUCUUGUGCCAUACAGCAAAUGUAGAGAGUAGUGGUAGGGUGUAGCGCCAUCAUGGUGUGGGUAGACGUGCCCUGGGCUCCACCCAGCCCUAAUAUACCAAAGGACUUGGAACUAUCCCACCACACGAACCCAACUUUUGGUAAGGUCGGUAUUCCUUCCAACGAAAACGGGAACGUAAACAAUGGUGUAAAGGACAUAAAUUACAAUCAGACUACUGAAAUUCCCAAGACUUUCGAGCCGAGUGCUAUAAAUGGGAAACAAAUAGUGCCGCAGGUACAGUUUUCUAGUGGAAAACAGUGUCAGUCCUUGCCGUGUGUGAAUUCAACCAACUUACAGCCACUGAAUCAGGCGCCAGACGGAGGGAAGACUCAAGUGUUUCGGGACACGCGCACUGUUAGUAAUGUUGAUGUGUUGAGCGCUAACCCCGCUCAAAACAAUCACUUCUCCACAAAUGGAAAUGUCACAAACGAAGAUAUACUCCUUGAACAUGAGUGCUUUGGUACAAAACAUUUUACGAAAGCAGAAACUGGUAAAAAUGUUGUGGACGAGAACGAUAACAGUGUUAAAAAGUCUACGUUGAAGGCAAAAGACUGUAAGUUACGUAAGGAACUCAGUAAUUAUUCCGAAUUGCACAGAAAGAUUCGAAAUGAAAUAGCAACUGAGUGCAGCGAGAAUUAUAGCGAGUUUUGCGACACAGAAAGCUCGGGAAAUGAAGCCGUCAAGCCUCGUAUCAAGGAAUUGAUAAAUAACCCUGGUGAAACACAUGUCUUCGGAAACCAACUCACUUCGCACUCUCAUUGUAACAUUAAUGUGGACGUCGAUAAGGACGAUGGCUACAACGAACUCCAAAACGAGCCACAAGACGAAUCUAAUAACACCGACGAAUCCAAACCUAUUUUGGGCACUCAGGAGGGGGACGAUUCCUUUCUUCUUCAGGACAACGUCCGUGUUAUUAUACCAUCGUUCGACGACCAUGCGCUCAACGACCUGUCGCCGCUUUUAAAGGGACCCUUUUCUGUAGGGGACUCGGCAUCUCAUGAGGAAUCUUCUACAGCACCUGGUAAUGCAGGUAGACGCUACGAGGAGCCUCUACCACAGCAGAUGUUUGACCUCCUGCCAUUAGGCUGUGAGAGGGAUAAAUGCCGAAGUAGAGGUAUCCUUGCCAGCUGUCAGGUCCCAGAAAGUGUAUCCGGCAGACUGCCAGAAGUGUUGCAACACCUCAUGCAGAUGCACACACAGUUUUCAUCAAAGAGGACUCUCCUAAAAGACACAUACUACAACAACUUUCCCCUCAGAAGUGCAUACCUGAGGGAUCCAUCUUUAAAAUGUUUCUCUCAUAAGAUGUUCAGCAUAGAGUGUUCUCGUGUCGACGGUGACUUCACUCUACCGCGUCCCAGGACGUCCCGUCUCUGUGACCCUCUCAAGUACUCCCAAGUGAACGACUCUCCACCGAGGUACUCUCCCUUAAAAGACUCCUUCCUGAAAGAGUCUCCGCCUUCCUCCCGGGGCCUGGAGCUCACGUGUGAGAGCCCUGACAACCCUGACUCCGGUAGAGGAACCUCCAGCUCGUCGGUGGAGGAGGAAGCUCUUGGACCACAGUUCUUCGCCGACCUCUGCAGUUUGUGGCCAGACCUCAUUGUUCGGUUGGCGCACGACAUCUCGCUGGAGUCACCUUGUGUUGAAGAAGCUCCAGACCCGCCCGACCCACCUAGCGAGGUGGAGACCCGUCGCUCCUCCCUAGUGGGUGAUGCCCACCCUCAGAGCCCGCGUACUGGUCGCACCCGCGCCACAUCCACCUCCUCAUCCACUGGCAAGUGUUGUUCCGACGAUGAUCCAUGCUGCCCACAGCUCAUGGUGGAGCAGACCCAAGAGCUCAGAGCCGCAUGCAAGAGCCCUAAACGGAAUAUUCAGAUGCUGGCUUCGAAUUGCACGGCAUUACAGGUUGGAGGGCCAUGUAUCAGCGCAGGCAUCCAGCCCACCUCCUGCCCCAGCCCUAUAUGCGGCAGCCCGGCCCCUAGAAGGCCCCGACCUGGGCCCGUGUCUUCUGGGCCCUCCAGUGUGGAGAGUGUAGAUAGUAGCGACGCUGGUGAUGCCUAUGAGUUCUUCUCCGGGGACCUGGAGGAGAUAAUGGACAGCUGCUCGCCUCCUGACGGUGACCUGGAGGGAGGAGUCCCCUGGGACUCCAGACCAAGUGAGAGGAAGCGACGGAAACUUCCAGAGAUCCCCAAACAUAAGAAAUGUAAGUGUCAAUAUUAGCUUUUC